UCUCGAGAUCUCCCUGUAUUUCUCGCAAGGGCUCAUCAGCAGGCGGACGCAUCCCUCCUUUCUCCGGUACAACCGACGGUUCGCUCAGGAGAGCAGCACACUGGACCUGCUGAGAGAAAGUUGCUCCAAGCUCUUACCUGGAGUUAUUUUCCAACACUGAGUAAAAAAAGUAGUAGUUUAUAAAGACUUUAUCCAUAACUUCCUACAAAUAAUAGGCUAUUAGCUUUUCCUCACAACUUCUUAGCUGGGAAUUUGAGUAGGAUAGCCAUGUCCGAAGUGCUGCCAUACAACGAGGGGAAGAUGAACGGCUACGGGGCGGACAGUGAUGUCAGUCAGCUCUCCUUCAGCUGUCGACUGCAAGACACGAACUCGUUCUUCGGAACGUCACAGUCCAAAAGGCCACCGAAACUCGGGCAGAUUGGCAGGGCAAAACACGUGGUCAUCGAAGAUGACCGAAUAGACGAAGUUCUCAAAGGGAUGACAGACAAGUCAACUCCCGGUGUGUAAACUUGAAAGAUUAUGCUUUUUCAACCUUUUCUUUUAAUCACCGGUUUGACGCACUUGUCGCCUGUGCAUGUGAACGAGAGGUGAAGAUGGUUCAGUGUAUGAGUACAGGACGAAGGAUGAAGAGCCACUCUGCACAAUGGGUUAAAAUAGCAAGAUUUGAAGAUGCUGGCAAUUCUCCAACUGAAACCCAUCCCAAACCGCUGCUGUGAAGAAAGCCUCCCAAGAUUUCUGGUCAUUAAGCCCCUCGUCUCAUAGACGCCGUGGGUCUGGGUGUGAGAUUUCAUCACGACAUCAACAAACAGAAGCCCCUGUUUCAUAGGCAUCUAUCAAACAAUGAGCUGCUCGUUCAAGGGAGCUGUCCAGUUCAGCACCUGAAGCACAACUUGACUGUCUUUCCAGAGAAAUAAGCUACAUAUAUAUAUUGCAUGGAAAUGGGAUGAUGUAUGUAAUCGAGGGAAGAUUUUAUUCACUUCCGUCACAUCUACAUCCAUUCCAUUUUCAAUCCUUGACUGAUCAUAUGCCCAAAAUACAUUUUAUAUCCACUUAACGCCAGCGAGGAAGAUCUGAAGAAUCAGCAAUGGAGCGAAAAUGAGAAGGAGUGCUUCUUGUUUGAUUUAUUGCAUCUUUUCUAUGACUGUUUAUUGGUUUGGCGUCGUGUAUAGAGUAAUAUAUACGGUUCUCUUUGCAUGAGCUUUUCUCUUGUGCCAUUGUGGGUGUUUCCACCUCUUUUAAACCCAGGCACGUUUGUUUUUACUGAAAUCAAUAUUUGUAUUUUUUAUAUCUGAAUAUUUGUUACUCAGAACAAGACUAAUAGAUCAUCAAUACAGACAGGGUAUGUGAGGAUACAGAGGCAUAAAACAUAAUCAUAGAGGACAGAGUGAAUGUUAUUUUGGGGAGGGGUUUUCACACAUUAGCAUAAACAUGCUUUCUGUUGCAAUAAGUGAUCAUGUCUUUGUUGAUAAUGAAAUGGUUUGGAAAUAUAAUUUCAGAGUAUGUUCAACAGCACCCUCACUGUAAUUACAUCAGUGUUUUUUUGUUUUGUUUGUUUGUUUUUUGAGCAUAUCAGUUGAUUAUUUAUUUAUUUGUUCUUGUAUCAUUUUAAAAUGUUCAGUGUGUGGUUUAUUGUGCAUGAAAUAUUUUUCAAGCUUAAACUAAUUUAUGAAGCAAAAAAAUGUACACAAAUGUCUCUGCAUUAUACAAAUUAA